ACAGGGAAGGACUAGUGGCAUUCCCAGGCUUGCUUUUUGCUAUCAAAGAGAAUAAUGUUUUAGCGGGCAUAUGACACAGUGGAAUUGAUUUAAGAACAAUCAAUCGGAUUCAGAUUUAUUCUGUAAGAGCGAGGAAUCGAAGACGCAGGUUGAAUUGUUAGAGCGGGCAUGGCAAAACGCUAUUGAUUUAAGAAUAAUGUUGGGAUGGAAGGAGAAAUUGGCUGAUAAGCUUUCCGCUAUACUCUCCGAUUCCUCAAAGAACACAGGAUCCAAUUGCUCGGAUCCUUGCACGGUACCGCUCCAGCCUCAGGGUGCAGCUGUUGCAGAAGGUGAUUUUUAUGGGCCAGAUACAUCAUCUUUAUCUGCUUUUCUUUUUUCCCUGCUUCCUUCAGCUGGCACUGGUUCUAAUGACAAUAGUUCAAGUCAGAAUGUUGAAUAUGAGGUCUCUUCUGCCCCAGAUUCCGGAAAUUCUGUUAGACAGAAGAACCUAAUUGAAGAGUCUUUAAGGCAGGAUGAAAUCUCUGAUUACAAGUUGGUAUUUGAAACUCAUGGUACAAGAGAAGACGACUCUGGGGUUUAUGAGGAUAAUGAGUGGGAGGUUGUGACUGAGAUUGGCUCAAAAACUCGUGAUACAUCAGAUCAAGAUUGGGUUUUACAGAAGGCAAUUCCAUCUCUGCCUGAUCUUUCAGACGAGUCUUUAUUUUUGUCAGAUAAUCUUCGAGAAUUUUUGAAUGCUUGUCUUCCUACUGUGGUAAAGGGCUGUCAGUGGGUAUUGCUGUACAGUACACAGAAACAUGGUAUGUCCCUCUUGACUCUUACUCGUAAGAGUAAUGAUCUUCCUGGACCAUGCUUACUGGUAACUGGUGAUAUGGAAGGUGCAGUGUUUGGGGGAUUGUUAAAUGGGCCACUUAAACCCACUCCAAAGAAAAAAUAUCAAGGAACAAAUCAAACAUUUGUGUUCACAACUGUUUAUGGGGAACCCAGAUUGUUUCGAUCUACAGGUAGUUCAUAUUCUCUUUUUCUGCAAAGCUUACUUUCAGGCUUUUUUAUUUUUUAA